AGCACACUGGCGGCGGCUUCCCCGCUUCAAACAUCGUGCAUGGAUGGCUCAUGGCCGCCGAAUAUAAUGCUAGCCGCCGUCUCGACGCCGCCUCCUUUAUUUUGGCGGGUGACGAAAACUGAAACAACGACAACGCCUACGACAACAUGUAUCUAACAGAUGAAGAACACGUCAUUGUGUGAGAAAGGCUAAUCUGUUAGGUUAGUAACAACGCACAUACCUUCGGGACAUCGAGAACCUUACGUAUGCAACAACAUUUGAGCGUUCCGUGUCACUGGAUGGUCAACGCUAGCCUCCUGUAACAUAGGGGAAACUACUUGAACGUUACGCUAUAUUACUAGGUUUUCUAGAACGCAUUCCAAAUGUAUCUAAGAGAAUGAGAUAAUUCGACGAAUUUGCUGUUAUGCAUCAACAUCAAAGGGAGAAAGCUGCCACAAAACUACUAAAACGGGUACACGAUGCACGUGACAUUUUUCGAAAUGGGAUUGCCUUCAACUGUACUCGUUCUCUAAAACUUUUUCUGCGCACUACAAGCAAAAACUGAGUGAAAGAAAAAUAAGUUCUAUGCACGAUGAAAUAACUGCCAGCAUAUGUGGGGGCGCCAAGGGGCGCUCGCUAUAUUAACUGACGUCACGCGUCUGUUUAUGACUCUCCAGCAAGCGGUCGUUGUUUUUCUUUUUCCUUUUUAACGGAACGUGCUGAAAAAAGCCGUGGUCGACGCACAGUUGUCGGGGUUGUGUUGUUUUCGUGUAUUUGUGACAGAUUAUCGAGCCACUUCCUGCAAGCCACGGCAGACGACAAACUUUCAAGACACCGUAUGAGCCAGGCGUGUCUCAACUAAUUAGAUGCACCAAGAUCUAAAAAAAUGCUGGGGGAGCUCUGCACAGAUGACAUCAACUGGAUGUUAUCCUCCACAGUUUCUGGGUGUCGCUCAGGUCACAUAAAGCAGCGUGACGAGCAUUUGAAGAACUUCUGAUGUCAGUAGACUGUGAUAAGAUUCUCUUGCAUUGGACUACUUGUCAUCACUCUUUCCCUGCAGCCUAUUGUGCUUCAAUUGAUGAAUUGCUUCAUUAAUUUAAUGAGGCAAUGUACAUGCAAGACUGAGAAGAGCUUGAGUGAUAAUUUCGUGUUGAAAAGUCACAAAUGCACCACAUUUUUGUUAUCAGAUGGCCUGUGUAUAGGAUAUGAUGCCUACUUGGUUAGAACAAGCUAUUAAAUGUUUAUUAAAUGUUUUGCACAGUUCAUACAAUCUCAUGUGAAUACGUGUCUUAAACAAUGCAAACAACUAGAAUUGUAUUCGUACAUGUCUCAGUGAUCAUAGUAGAAAUAUUACAUCAUUGAAUUUUAUCAUUAGAAAUAUUGCAGAUUUAAUUGCUCUCACAUUUUUUUUGUUUCAUCCUGCCCCUCAACAUGAAUGUGUUUCCAAGCUUCUAAGGUAUUAACAUUGCCAUUAACUGGCAUUAACUGGCACAUUACAGCGUAGUGCUAUGUACAUUUUGCACAGUGUAUAAUUUCGUAGCUCACAGUGUUAUGCACGAUGGUUUACGCACUGCCUUCGGCUUGUUCUACGUUGACCGCUAGUUAUAUUUCAUGUCACGUGGCAGUCAGUAUGAGAUGAAGGAUGCACCAACAUUUUCCUAAAUUAUUGCCAUUGUGAUGGGACUAUUUGGGAAGCGUUAAGAAAUCAUUUCGGUGCCCCAUUUAUAUCAUGAGAGUGCCCUUCAACUUGUACCACAAUUUCUGACCUUUGAUUUCUCCCUGUAAAAGUGCACCCACUUGGAGCACAUAAAUGGCAUGGAAACAUGGUUUGGAAUUAAGGCGGGAUUGACGCGGACGUUUGAUUCAGUGUUACCGGAUAACAUACAGUUUUGCCUUUUCUCCAGAAGUGUAGUGCCGUUGAGGGGUUUCAUUAACUAACUGAGGAACCCAGCCCUUGCUGUGUCAUAUGGUGGCCACUGCAGUGGUGCAGGUUGUGCAGCUAAAGUCAGGCUCUGUGAAAUAUGCUGAAAAAAAAAAAAAAGAAAAGUACUAAUAUGUUUGGCAACCCAAGAAUUUGCUCUCUUAUUUAUGGGAGCGCAUAAAUAAUGUGAGCAAGUAAGAGUAUUUCUCGAAGCUGUAGAACCUGCUGUUCGGGGAAAUGAAUUGUUAACAAAGAAAGGAACAGAAGGCAAGCCAAACAAGCCAGCAGUGAAUUGUGUUGUUGUUACAGUUUGUAAGCUACAGUUACAUGCACUUGGUUACAUUCACAUCAGCCUUGCCCGAUUUGUUGUACCCCGUUGGUCUCUUUAGUGAUGCUAAUGCACUAUUACUCAACUUCUUGCCCUUGCAUAAAAGUAGGGUCUGACUUUUUCUGAUGAAAUGCCGUUACCGGAUUUGGGAGGGAAAAAAAUUGGGUGCUACUGGCGCAUCCGGGUAUGUGUCACUCCCCCCCAUAAUUGAUCCCUUUCCAUACCGGACGGUUCUCGAUACAUAACAAUAUCAUACCGCAGGCAGAAAAAACAAUGGUGUGCUUGUAGACAACUCUGCUUGUCGCCAUACAGAAAGAGAAGUACAGUUAAACUCCUUUAUAGCGAACACCUUUUUAGCGAAAACACCACUACGCCUAAUUUUUUUUGCGGUCCCACUGGAGCCCUAUAGGUCCAAUAAUGGACAUCCUUUUUAACGAAAAUACCUCAACUGCGUUUUUUUUUUGCUGUCCUCUGAGUUUCGUUGUAAAGGAGUUUGACUAUACUGGUGCAGCGUGUCACCCCCUCCCGUCGUGUCACCCAGUAUGGACCUCACCCCGUGGUGAUGCCACUGGAUCAGCACCACAUGUUCUAACAUCAAAUGUGCUUUGCAUCCUCAUUGGCGUGCUCAAAUAAUAUCGCACUCGUAUACAUUCGUAUACGAAUAAUUAAUAACAAUUCGUAAUACGUUCGUAUAAACUGCUAGUAAAUAGUGCACAUGAUACAACCUGGUACGUAAUUGAAAUUCAGCGAGAAAUAGGGUUCAGGCUGAAUUUGUCCUGAACUGAUUCGGGAAGGAAUAAUCGGGUUCGGGUUUAACCCCCAAAAGUCAGGCCCUACAUAAUAAGUGGAUACAAUGAACCAUUAUUAUGACCACGGACCACGGUCGUUCCCGAAAAUUUUGGGCAUAAUGCGGAAUUCUCAUAUUAACAGGGGGGAUUUCCAUAAGUUUCACUGCAUUGUUCCCCAGGAGUAUAGUCGUAAAGCGCGUAUGUCAGAUUAUCGGGUGUCAUCUUAACGAGAGUUCACUGCAUAACGAAGCUUCAACUUCUUCGUGGAAACUAGUACGGGAGAAUUACAAGGACUGUUUUCUUCUGUUUCAAGCAACCAUGAUGUACUUGGUUCCCAACACCACCUUCUUCGUGACUUCAGCCGCGACGGCCGCUCCGGCGCCAUCAAACCCUGCCCUUCUUGCGCCGCCGAACACGUCCGUGUUGUGCAGUGCGCGGUGUCGCCCAGCCCCCACGGCGGGAGACACGAAGGCCAGGUUCCCGUGCAGUUUCUGUCCGUACAGUUGCGCCUCAGAGUCCAUGUUGAUUCGUCACCUGAGGACCCACACGGGGGAGAAGCCCUUCAGGUGCAGGUAUUGCCCUUACGCGUCCACGCGGGAGCACAGCCUGACCCUGCACGAGCGCAGGCACACGGGGGUUUGCCUGGAAGGCUCUCCUUCUGACGACGCCAACCUCCUGCCUUCGCCGGGGUCCAGCUACGAGCGCGAAUUCGGUCCGUCCUCGACGGCGCAUAAGCAGUACGUAGCGAGGCGCUGGAAGAUGUACAGCGGAGAAAAGCGAUACAAGUGCAGGUUCUGUUCUUACACGACUGCACGAAGCGACCACCUCAAGUCCCACCAGAGAACCCACACGGGGGAAAAGCCGUACAAGUGCAGGUUCUGCAAUUACGCGGGAGCCCAGAGGAUCACGCUGGUACAGCAUGAAAGGAGGCACACGGGAGAUAAGCCCUACAAGUGCUCGCUCUGCAACUUUGCUGCUCCGUCCAACAAGGGACUGAAGUACCACGAAAGGACUCACCAGAGGGACAAUCGCGUCUAUUGAAUGGAAGCGGGCCCACAAUAAACCACCAUUUAAUUA